CUUUAUCAUUAAAAUAUUCCAACUUUCUUGAACAUUUUUAGUAGUUAUAGAAGUACCAAUAGUAUUUAAUUAAAUUCCUCUGAGUAGUUGCAAUACAAAAUUUGGGGUUUUAUCUGAGCUGUCGGAGCCAGUCUAGAAAAGUUUUAAGAUUUAUUCCUUUUAUCUAGUUAUCAAAUAUUUUAUACAUACCAUAAUUAUGAUUAAACUGUACUCUUUAAAGCAACAUAAAAAAGAUGGGGAAACUACGAAGUCAGGAAAUCAAAAGAAAGCAUCCGCAGCUCAUCUUAGAAUAACAAAAGGUAAAUUUGGAACGUCGAUUAUAAGACAAUUAAGAUCUGUUCGAAAUUAACUAAGAGAAUAGUUAGAAUAAGUUUUAAAAUUGUGUAGGUAACCCCAUUUAGCUUUUAUUAAUACUUAAAUAUCCACCUAUUCAUUAUGUGUAAAAUAUUCAUAUUGUGUAAUUAAUAAUUAUACUUAGUUAUUUCAUUAUAUGCGUGGUAGUAAUUAUAAUUUUAAAACAAAUAAUAUUUAAAUUACCUACCUAUAACACAUACUCAGUACUUAACCUGAUAUAUUAUAAUUAUUUCUAACAAAUUUAAAUUGAUUUUUAAUUUAUUUAUUCGUAUGAAAAAAUCAGAAAACAAGUAAUAAUGUUAACAAUUAGUAGAUUGGUAAAGUACAAUUAAUAAGGCUAUAUCAGCUAAAUAGUAAUAUGAUAUUAAUAUGGUAUUUUACUAGUUUAUGUUACAUUUAAUAGAAAAUUUAACUACCUUUGGUGGCUGACUGUAGUUAGAUAUUAAGAUUUUUUAUCCAAUCCAUAGCUUUUGAGGAUGCAUUAAACAUAUCUUUGGCUUCGCCCUUAUGAGGAAUUUAGUUAGUAUAUGUAAAAUUGUCCUUGAGAUUUUUAGUAUUAAAUUAAUUUUCCUUUGAAAUAAUUUUAAACAGUAAAGCCAAAAAAGAAAAAGAAACAAUUGAAUUAAAUACUUACAGAUUUACAUAAGUGGUUGGGUUAGUUAUUUUUUUUUUGAGUAAAACUUAGGUAAUUGUCACUUAUUACUAUUAGUUUGUUACAUCGAUUUCAACAAUAUAAUUGUACUUAUACUUACUCCACUCCUUUUAGUUAUUUAAAUCAUAAAUUAUGAAUUUUAGUACAAAAUUAUUCUCACUUUUACGAUAAAAAAAAGUGACAUAGUUUGUACAAUGGGCAGACCACUGUUGUAGUUGAGGAGUUUGGUAAAUGGGAUAGUGAAGGGAAUUUAAUGUAUUUUUGUAUGCAAUGAUUAAUCAUUCCUAAUGAAACACAAUCAUGAGCAGAGUUCAGUUAUAUGUUAAAAAGAUUGUAAUAUAUAUGAUUUUCAUCUAAAUUGUAAUUAAAAUUCUUAUAUAAAAAAAAGGUUCAUUAAACUUUUUCUUGUUGAUCACUAAGAUAUAAUGAAUCUUCUGUUAAAUUUUUUAGUAUUUCUGUUUGUUCUAAUAAUUUUAUCUAUGAGUACUUAUUAAAUAAAUAUUACACACAAAUCUCACAAAAUUACAAGUCUAUAAACAUUUCAAACUGAAUUACAACAAAAAAAGAAUAUUGAAAAAAUAAUGAAAACAUUAUUUUUGUGAAUUUUCCUGUUAUUCCUAAUGUACCACCACUCAAGGAAAAUUUCUGGUAGAACUUUUUGUGUCCAUUUUGAAAAAAUAAAAAUUAAUUUAUUACUAAUUAUUAGUAUUUAUAAAAUAAACAUAAUUAUCUGAUACAUUUUGAAAUAAUAUUUUUAGCCUAGCAAUUAAUACCACACACAGUUUAAAACAUAAUAUAAUCAAUGAAUAUAUUAUUUAUUAAAUGUUUGUUUUUAGAUUUAAAUGAACUUACCUUACCGAAAACAUGCACUACUGAAUUUCCUGAUCAAGAUGAUCUAUUAAAUUUCAAAUUAACCAUCUGUCCUGAUGAAGUAAGUGUGUAUGUUUUUAUCCAUAAUAGAUAGAAAAAACAUAAUUUUCAUUUAUUUUAGGGGUCAUACAAAGGAGGAAAAUUUAAUUUUAGUUUUAAAGUGGGAGUUAACUAUCCGCAUGAACCACCUAAAGUAAAAUGUGAAACAACAGUCUACCAUCCAAAUAUUGAUCUCGAUGGCAAUGUGUGUCUAAACAUUCUUCGUGAAGAUUGGAAGCCUGUAUUGACUAUUAAUAGUGUGAUCUAUGGCCUGCAAUACUUGUUCCUGGUAAUUUAUUUAUUUAUGUUCUGCUAAUAUUUAAAAUAUAACAUAUGUAAAUGUUCAUUUUUUCACUUUUAAUUUUAUAGGAACCAAAUCCAGAAGAUCCACUGAAUAAAGAUGCUGCAGAUGUUUUGCAAAAUAACAAGAGGUUGUUUGAUUUGAAUGUGCAAAAAGCAAUGCGAGGUGGAGUAAUUGGCAAUACAUACUUUGAGAAGUGUUUAAAAUAACAAUAAAAGAUGUGAUCCUAUUCGGAUAGCGUGGGCAAUUACGUGAACGUUAUAGGGAUUGAUAUUUUCGUACAUAUUUUGUAUGAAAUAAAUAAUGUAAUUCUUUUAUCGUAAUAUUCAUUUUUGUCUUUGGAUUUUUCUCUAAGUUGAUAAUAAUAAUUCUAGUUCAUAGUUAUAAUAUUUACAAAAUUCAACAAAGCUGUGGUAAUAUUCACUGGUUAUAUUCCUUUAUUUUAACCACUUUAGGUAUAAGUUGGUAAUAUAUUUAUUCAACACAAUAAUGUUUAAAAUGAUAACAACAUGUUAUUUAAUUGGUUUAAAUGAUUUUGUAUAUAGUUUGGACAUACAAUAAUAAUUUAGUUAAUAGUAAAAGCAACAUUUUUUGUCAAAUUAUCUGGUUACCGGCCAAAAGCAAAAGGAGAAUUAUUACUGUUACUAAAACUAAAUGUGGUUGGAACUGUUGCUUGGUCAAAUUUAAAACCUGAAAAAAAAAAAAAAAUUAAAAUCCUGCACGUAGUAUUUAAUAUUUAAAAAGCAGUGAUGGUUUUUGAAGUGUUGGCUUGUCAGUAUGAAAUAAAUAAUUUUAAAAUACAUAAAAUGAUUAUAAGUAUAGUAUUAUAGUUACUUAAAAUCAAGAUCAUUAAGUCAUAAUUCGUAACUACAUGAUCUAUACUCAUAAAUAAAAAAAUAAUUUGUUUAGUGAGAAAAAAUGAAAACUAUGAAUUAUAUUUAAAUCUGUUACUGAAAUUGUGUCAAAAGUAUAUUAUUAUAGGAAUGAGUACAUUAAGUUCCAAUGAUUCAACAAUAUGUUUACAAUACUAUAAGAAAUGGAUUUCAUAAAUUUGUCCAUAUCAAAUAAACAUUUAAUACACACAUAUAUAUAUAUAUUUUUUGUUUAAUUUAACCAUUUUUCAACGGAACUGGUUUAUAAUUUUUAAUGGGGGCAUACAUAGCAAAGCAAUACCCUGGUUCAAACCUCAGUAACUGCCUUUAAUUUGUCUUGAUAUUCACACUAAAGUAUAUAAUAGCUUACUCCAAGAAUCAGAAAAUCCAAAGUGAAUGUCAUCUAUAAUUUGUCAAUUUAUGAUGAAAAGGAAUUUAAAAAUUAGUUUAUUCAUAGGAAAUAAAUAGUAAAUAUAUGCUGUAAUUUUAAUAUUGGAGUAUAUGUUAUGACCUACAACCUAAAGGUAAGGACAUUCUGGGUAACCAUGUAAGUGAUUUAAAAUACUAUAAUUUUUAAGAUAUUAAGUAUUUUUAAACUGUAAUUAACAAACUUGUUUUGCUAAAAAUUAAAAUAUGAUAAAUAUCCUCUAUGGUUGCAUAGAUAAUGUUCUUACAAAUGAUUAUUGGUUAAUUUAAUCUAAAAUUAUAAAUAUCAGGAUGAAAUAGUUCCUGUUGAAUGCCAUUGUUAUACCUAACUAUACGUUUAAGAAAUAAAGAUUUAAUUGGGAUUAAAGAAGUAUUUAAACUUAAUGAAAAAAAUAUAUAUAUAUAUACCUGCUAAUUUUUCUUUUUUUUUAUUUUCAACUUCAACACGUCGUGUUUCUGCCAUGGCCAUUAUUUCAUUUAUAGAUUUUUGUUGAUCACUAUUUAAGUGAUUGGUAAGUGCUAAGUACCAAGCAGGGUCAUUGUGUUGUAUGCUCAAUAGGAUAUUUUUGAACAGAAUGUAUAUAUCAAGUGUUUCGUCGGUAUUAUUGUCAUCUGAGUCAAGUGGUGUUGUAUAAACUUCAAGCAGAGUCUCUUCAGGCUGUACAUAAUCUUCAUCUUCACUAUCAGUGUCUUCCUCAGUAUUUUCAUCAUUC